AUGGCAUUUAGAAUGCUAAUAUAUAUUUUGCUAAGAGCAAUGGUAGCACUUGGUGAAGAGGCAGCUAUUACUGUUUUGUCGCUAACCACAGACUUAUGGAAUAGCUGGGCAAAAAACAACACAGAAGAUUCCACAGGGGAACCUAUUGCUCUGAAGCUUAUGCAAUCCUGUCUUGAAGAACACCACAGUUAUUGUAUUAAUGGCCUCUGUGCUUUUCAUAAUGAACUCAAGAAACCCAUAUGCAGGUGCCUGACAGGUUACAAUGGAGAAAGAUGUGAACACUUGAUGUUAAAUUCUUAUGCGCUUAAUUCUUAUGAACACUAUAUUGCAGUGGGAAUUGGCGCUGGAAUGUUACUGAGUGGGAUAAUUGCUCUAAUCUAUUGCUAUGUAAGAAAGAGGGAAGGGCAUUCUGUAUGGAGGAAGACAACAAUAUGUGUCUCAACGCUCUGAGGCAAAGAAUGGAGUUCACACGCUGCCAAAGGCAAGAAGUCCAUCUAGCCAACUUCUGGUUUCCCAGUGGCCUAUAGUAUGGGUCUGGGUUGACAUGAAUACUGCAGAUCUCUCAAGUGAGUUAAAUGCAAUAUAUGUUUCUAUUGCCACAAUGGACAAAGGCGGCAAAGGCUUUGCACUGGGAAAUGGGUGAGUGAAAAAAGAUAUAAUUAAAACUAAGAAGAAUAAAGAUCAGAUGAUUAUGGAAAAAUAAUAUGGAGAAUGAGAGCAGUCCCCAAGAUCUUAGAGGACAAAGGGCUCCUUACGUUUUGAGAAGAGUAGAGUUCAAAUGACAUCUUUUUUCAAAUGGACUAUGAAAGUGUUCAUCGGGACAGCUUUGAUCUUCCAGUACAUCACAUAGCAGCUCCCCACACUCCCAGACUUGUCAGUCAGGCAUCUUCUUGCCCAGUGAUGUGCACUGCUAGACAAGAGAAACAAGACUCUAGUUGCUAUGGAAGUUG